AUGGCUCCGCCUCCUGACGUGUAUUUUCCGUCCCUGGACUCAUGCUUCUCUGGGGACAACCAACUUAUAUCAUGGAAAUCAGCUUUCCGGCGGCUGGUGAAUGCGAAAACAGACGUCGAAGAAACUGACAGUCUCUACAAAUUUUUGACUUGUCCAGAGAGCCUCCAAAUCAUUUCUAAUCCCUUUAACCCGUUCGCCGGUCCAAAUGAACAAUCAAAAUCCGAUUUCCAGUCCAAAACUGCCGCUAUACAUGUCCCGACAGUUUCUACAGGCACAUGGAAUUUAGACGAAAUAAAAAAUGACGCAAAGUGGCUAAGCAACAAGACACAAAUCGAUCACAUUUCUGCGCUGAGAAUUGUUGUCUGCGAACGUCAAAAUCGGCCUGGUGACGAGCUUUUGAGCGAAUUAUCCGAGGAGGAGACGACAAGCCUUCAAGAUGCGAUUGGGCUUGGCAACUUUUCGCAUUCUACUAGCGCUGCCCAGGCUACUGAGAUUUUAAACUACAAGGGUGAAACUAACUUCGAGCUCAGUGGAUUCUCAGGUGACGAAGUAAGGCAUCUGAAGCUGUUCCGGCUGUAUUUGUCAGAAAAGCAACAUAUACUUAAAGUUUCCCAACGAAUUUUUUGUGUUGCAUUGCGUAGAAUAUCCCCAGGCGGCUAUCAUAUGGAUGCCAAAAUAUCCCGAGUUGAACACGCGCAAACAAAACUAGAAGAAUUGGGGAAAUCCAUAUUUGGGAUCCAAUCUGGAAAAGGCCUCAACGCCAUUUCUAUAAAACAGUGCCUUGAAGCCGUUCGAACCCGAAUAUGUAACUUAGAAACGGGGAGCGGAUGGCUUCUUCCUGAAGAACCAAAUGUGGAAAUUGAGCUGAUUUGGCAAACGAACGUCCUCGAGGAGCUAAACCAAAUUCUUCAAUUCCUGGUGCUCCAGCUUCAAUUAUCGAAAACCAUCCCAUCUGCAGAGCUUUUCCUUUCUUGGCUCCGUUUGAUGGCCGAUUAUGAUUUUCUCGAAAUGCUACGUCCAGCUACGGAGGAACAACAAGUCAUUCUUGGCCCGCUUCACGCUCUCAUUGCGAUUGCGACUCUCGCUUUUGUCAGGCUAAGGGAAUCAACCUCAUACUUUGAAACGGCAUCGUACUUGUCUCCAACACCCGAGCCUACAAUUAGCGAAGCCCCUUUUUUUAUGUCACGCGAAAAUAUCAGCGAAAUAAACGAAAUAUGCUUGAAGGCAGCCAAUGCCGGCUGUUUAACUGCGGCGCCUAUGAUUUUUGCAUUCGGCAUGGUUAUGUUCGCGGUAAGGGAGAUUGCGUUCUGCACUAAGGAGGAGCGUGAACUUCAGCAAGCCCAGCACGCUGUAGAUUCUUUCAAUAGCAACGCGCCGUCAUCGUCUCCAUCGCGCGCUGCAGAGCAAUCCAUUUUUGAAGAUAUCUUUGAAAAAGCUCGUAACCCAGCUUUCGAUGACGACUUCGUAAAGCUUCUUGUGACGAGCUCCGUAGAUAAAUGUCAUGUAUUUGACUUUAUCUCUGCUCUUGUCGAAAGCCUUAGGCCAAUUUCUGGUGCUGGGGAUGGCGGCAUGCUCAGUCGUUGGGUAAGGGUGGAGCUCCUGGAUUUAAUCCGUGCGAGUGUCGAACAUUUGGACUAUAUUCCUGAAGUAGUGUCGUCUGUCUUGUGUGUUAUCUCUGGCCCUACUGAUGAUUGCAAUCAAAUCUCCAGCACAGAGUGGAGUGAUGCUUGCGAUCCGAGAUCUAUAUUUAUUCAAGAUCCAGUACUCGUUGAUAGAAUUUUUCGCGUGGCCAAAUCCCGAUUUCCGUACGAAGCUAUUAAUUUUUUGAAGUUGUGCCGAGCACUGUCGGGUUCUAGCGUUGUGGACGAUGAUGGUUUACCAUAUAUCGCUCAGGAACUAGAGAGCAUGGAGACCUAUACUCAAGUCGUCGCUCCUGGCUUCCAAGGGUACCAACCGAUCCGGGAAGAUGAAAAUGCCAAUUUCGUUAGCCUAAUCCAGCCACUUCCAAUGCAGGAAACAGCCAUGUCGGAAAGCCCUACUGAAUAUGAAUCGACCUCCAAUACCGUGGUUCUUGCUGAAUCUUGUGUUAUUCCGCAAGAGGCCUUAGGUCAAGUCGUCAACGAAUCAAAACCGGCCGUAAUAAUGUGGCAUCAUGAAUACAAUUGUCUCGGCUUCCUCGGAAUAUGGCUGGAGCAAGCUACUAACAGUCGAAGAUCCGACCAAAUACCAGAUGAUGAGAUAAUCGCGGAAAUCGUAGGUCUUUUCGCCGACCUAAUCACAUCUGCACAAAUUAAUUCGAAGCGCAAUGGCACCGACUCAGUGGCUAAAAGGAUUCUCGAAAUGGCUAGCGACGGACUCGACCGUCAUGGGGAUAUCAUUUCCGUUAUUUUCGAAAUUUUUGAACGGAACCUGCAAAAUACAAUCAGCAAGAGAGGUUCCAGCCGCAAUCUACAACCAAUUAUAUCUUCCCUUAGCUUUAUAAACGCCCUUAUAGCCGUUAUUCCGGGCCGUGUAUGGCCCUUCCUGUCUAGAAGCAGCUUUAUUGGCUCAGAUGGGAAAGGUGGUAUGCUAGUCACUAUUGUCUCAUCUAUUGAGGCUGUCUCUGGGGACUUCAGUUUCCUUCAGGCUGCUGUUCAAAUGUUUGACCUCCUGGUUGAUGAUGUCAUUAAUCAUUCUGGAGUUCGUCGCUCCGCAGGGCGGGUAUCCGCCAAAUCAAAUCAUCUCACCGAGUUCAGUGCAGGCAUACCGCCUUAUAUCAUGCGCAGCUUUUUAUUGGCCCUGGUACGCGUGAUGGUCGAAGCUUACAAUAAUAAUACGACGUGGAGAUAUAAUGACAUCUGCCAACAGCUUAAAAUUAACACAUCUCUUGCCCUCACUAUUGAUAAAAUCCUAUACAGUAUAUAUGCGAUCGAUGACACUUCCGACCUAGAUUCUAAGUUGGUGGGGGUAUUCUCAAGCUCAGCAGCAUAUAUACUUAACGUUCUUCGGCCGACAACAGUCGAAGAGUUGCCUUUUAAUCCACUUCUCCGUACUAUUCUUAGCGGUCUUCAAUAUUCCAGGUCGAGCAGUGAUCUUCGAAACCUCCUGCUUCAUGCCUCGCACAUCCAGUCUGCCUUGACCCUUUCAGAACGAUUGGCUCAAGCAGGAAGAUUAAUAGGGUCUCCAAUGUCGAUGCUAGAAAACCAAUUAUUCAAAGCGUCACCAGUGCUGAUAAGACUAUACGCUCUAUCCUAUGAUUACCAACUCCCUGUCGUUUCUCUCCUUGAACUCCUGAUAUCGUAUGCAGCUACAGAUUCGAAUCGUGAGCCGCCAUCUGUCCUUGGGCACCUAGGAGCCAAGUCAUCGAGUAAUUUUCUCCAUUGCCUUUCGAAAUUCGAUCGCCCGUUCAAGAAUCCCGCACUCUACGUUUCAAUAUGGGAUCUACUUUCCACGGUAAUUAGCAAACGCCAGCAAUGGCUUGCAGUAUUCUUUCUUACAGGCUCAUCUGCCAGAGAUUCCUUAAAAAUGGGUGACAAAGGUAGCUCUUCGACAAUGAUUGGGCAGCCGUUCUUGGGCAUUUCUCUCGAUUUAUUAGCGAAAAUCGACACGGUUCAACCUCAGAUAGCAAUAUCUGCACUAAAUUUUGUUGCAAGGGCCCAGGAACACUGGCUAUGGGCUACACCACAGAUUAAAAGUCAUUCGGAAUUCUUCCCAAACAUCGUGAAUUUCGUCACCCGCUUAGAGAUUCGCAAGUGCCCUCCUCUGGAUCAGUGCCUCAAUACGAAAAUCGCAUCAUUAGUAGCAGAUAUAUGCGCCGUCUAUUUACAUAGUGCGAAAGAAUCACGAGAUUUAACGUUCUUCAAAACGAUCAUCCCUCUGAUCUCCUGGUUUUCUGACAAUGCGGUCGUUGUGGAAGGUUAUAAUGCAUCUCUACACUCAAAUCUCAGAAAGAACUUUGAAAUGAAGUAUAGUGGAUGUAAAGUCGUCUCCAUGAAGCGCACUGGGCUCACACGACCAGAACUCGGGGAAAAUUAUUUUUACGACGUGGAGUUGGGAAGUAAGCUUUUCGGAUACGAUUUUGCCUGGAACGGGACCCGUGAUCAAGGCUUUGUGGAGGAGGUCAAACGAGCUAAUCUAAAUCUGUCACUUGUUGAAGCCCAAAUGAACCUCCUUCAAAGUUGGAAAUUUCUUGCCAUAGAACAUUGCGCGGAUUUUAUGCUGGACCGAGAAAUCCAAAAAUCGAUGGCACGUGUUGUUCGCAGCUGCCUUGUUUCAAAUUCACAGACAGUACCAGACGAAAAGGUCUUUUACAAAGUUCAGCAAAUCCAUGCAGAAUUUGCCCUUGCUCUGCUUCAGCGACUUAACGACGCCGGCUCUAGGGGGGCUGAAGUCUUUGGGUUGCUGAGUGUUGCAUGGGAUGCUACGCGCUUUCGAAAUCCAUCGUACGAAACUGCGUUACUCAAUGGGGAUACAGAAUACUACGGAGUUAUGUUGAACAUCCUCUUUCUCGCUCUGCAGUUCCAUGUUGCAGGGCCGUCUCGGUCUGUGCCAGAAGCAGUCAGCAAAAAGCCUGAAGUGUCGUCAGAUUUGUCAAUCGUUCUUGAAAUCGUCAAAGUCAUAGUUGCACGGGGCUUUCGAUCUCUUACAACGUACUUACACGACGAACCGGAAAAGUGCUCUCCUAGAGAUUUUGCUAUAUUAACAGCAAUAUUACAAACAUGUCUACGAGUGAAAAAUUCAGAUCGCAUUUACGAACAAGCCGCUUUUCACCUCGCCGAUAGCGACACUCCCCGCUAUGCAGCCACAUUGUUUUCCUGGGCCUAUCAGCUUACAGUUGAGGGAGAUCCAGUGUACGGCGAGCUCAGUGUUUUAUUCCUUCUGGAACUUUCCUGUAUUCCUAUGAUGGCUGAGCAGAUGGCAGCGGACGGUAUUUUGGUGAAAUUGUCCACUUUCCGCCUCACGGAUGUCCUUCGUCAACCGCACGGAUGCGGCCCAUUCGAUCCAAUACCCAGGCUAUUUGCCAUCUGGAAUUCAGGAUUCCUACCUCUCUGUCUCAACCUCCUUUACAGUGUUGUUCGAGCUGCUCCGGAAGUGGCGGCAUUUCUCAACCAGUUUGAAGGGCAGUUGCGCCGAGCGUCUGCUUCAUUCUCCUUCGGGCAACCCACCACAACAUCACCACUUGCAAGUAGUCACCUAAAGUCAAGCCAACACGUGAAAAAGCUAUCGCUAAGUAUGGCUACUGAAGCAUGUUCAUUAGCUCUAAUAUCCCAGAUUAUCAACAAAUUCCGGGAUGCUGGCGCGAGUACCAGCGUGGACGCCCAAAAUAUCCAAGAGCUCAACUGGGACGGGACGCAAGUGAAAGAUGAUAUUGAAUCACUUCUUGAGAAGCGAUCAGUCCUCCGCUCGCGGAUUGUUGCCACAAAUGAAAAGGAGCUUGAAAUGUCCCGGCGAGAACCACUUGACCGCAGUACCGGCUGUCAAAAUCAGCUGGAAGAAAAAAUUGUGAAAGAAUUACAAAUGACUGUGAUGUGUCUGGCUGGUAGAGAGGCAGUUUAA